GUAGGCAGGAAUCUCAAUUCCGGUGCAUGCCGCUCGAUGCAUACAGCAUGCAGCAUGAGCAUUAGCUGUGGCUGUGCCUCGGUGCCACUGUUGCAGCUCGUUAGCCGGCAUGCGGUUGAUGCUUUGUGAUAAAAGGAGUACCCGGUCGCCUUCAGUUUCCAUUUGUGUUUCACUCGUCCAGCCGUGCGGUGGUCUUUCGCAGUGCGCUAAAAUCAAAGACUCGCAACUAUCCAAGCAACAUGUCGCUCUCCCGCUGGAGCAUAGCUGCCUAUGUGGCAUUGGUGCUGUUGCUGCUCUUGCAUUUCGGCAGCUCACAGGAGCUGCCUGCAGCAGCACCACCACCAGCUCCUGCUCAGCCAGCGCCAACAGAGGCACCUCUAUAUCCCACCCCCUACCCAGCCCCCUCGCCGUCUCCCGAGCCCACUGCCCAAGUGAAUGUCGAAACGGCACGCGCCAGCGGCGGUUUGAUCGGUCAGAGUGAUGUCUACAUAGCGCGCAAUCAGCGUCAGUGCUUCGAAACGCGAAAUCUGAUGUCCUGCAUCAAGUACAAGGCAUCCAAGCUCAUCUGGAAGCUGGCCACCAACGGCAUGGGCUUCUUCCCCAACGAGCACGAGCGGGUGCUGGGCGAACAGCAGCCGCGCUUUCUGCGCCUGGUGCAGCUCGGCGAACCAGCCGACGACAUUGUGGUCUUCAACGACGCCAAGAGCCUGGCAGGCGACAGUGAGCUGUUGAACAUUUUCAAGUUCCUUAAACGGGCCGUCGAGACGUUCGGACGGAAUCACGCAGUGCAGCUGGCGCUGCCGAAAGGCACAUCCGCCCGGGUAAUGGAUGAGAGUGACCCACGUGGUGCUCGCAAGAAGAAGAAGUGGCUGAUCCUGCUGCCGCUGAUCAUCCUGAUGAAAAUCGCUCACCUGAAGAUGACCUUGGUCACGUUGCUGCUCGGCGUGCUGGGCAUGAACGUGCUGCUGGUGGGCGGCACGGGCUGGCUGAUUCACUAUCUGAAGUACAAGACGCUGUGCAAGAUUCAUCCGCAUCUGGUGCAGAGCCACUCGCACGUCUACGACUCCGAUCCGGCGGAAUACUCACAGUUCCUGGGCAGCAGCUUCUCCAACAGCUACAGUCCGUCCAGUGCGCACGACGUCAAUGCCAACGGCUACAGCAAGGACUGGUCCAGGACGAGCAAUCCCUAUCAUGGCUACAACUAUUUGGACACGAUUAGCAAGCGAUUACAGUGAGGUCCCUGGCGUGUGAACGAUUCGUGCCAGGCGUGCGCCCGCCCCUAGCAAAAUUGUCAUCGCCGUCGUCGUCGUCGUCGUCGCUGAUAUUGUUUUAACUUAAUAAACGUUAAUUUACAUAAGUAA